AUGCCUGUAAAUCCGGAGUAUUUAGAAGUGCUUAUCAAACCCAGAUGGCUGUCUUCUUCCCUCCCAGAACUUCCAGUGGAAUCCCUCUCAACUCUGUUGUUUGCCCCACAUGGGACUAUAACCUCAGCGAACCCUGAGGUUAUACCAUUUUACAGUGCAUCAAGUCAGGUGAGUCCCUUCCGGCACUGGCAGCAGGCCUUGUUCCCAGGAUCUGCCGUCACUCUGGCUGAACUGCCGCCCGAGAAUGUCCAGGAUGGGGCAGCACAGGCAGUCCACAGGCUCACACGUUCUUUCCUGAACUGGGUUCCAGGAGUAAGCACUUCUUAG